AGAGAAAGCAAGACCUUUAGAUGGUCGGAGGAUCAAGAAGAAAGCCAAACAACACUUCCAAAACGACAAUAAAUCUUUCUCUCUCUCUCUCUUAUUAUGUGUUCCUUUGAGAGCUGAUGCAUGUGUUCAAAUUAGUUCUGAACUUGAAGCUUCUUCUUCUUCUAUGGAAACACGUGAUAGUGAUAGCAAAAUGGUCAUAGAUGAUGCUUUGAAUGCCUUCUCUCCUGUCUCUACUCCUAGAAUUUUCUGGAAAUCCAGAAGAAGAUCAGGUAGCGGGAGGAAUUUAGAGGUAUCAGAAGAAACAGGUAAUAAACCACCCAUGAAGCAAGAAGAAGAUCCUCUAACACCUACUCCUGCUAGUGAGGAGUUGAACAAUUCCACUGCAGUUUCUGAGCUUUCAGAGCGUCGAAAGGCCUUGUUUGAACCCUUAGAACCUAUAAAGAACAUCAAUGGCCGACGACCCUCGGCUGAGUCUUUACUUCCUCCGCCGGACUUUGAAUCUGCAAACUAUCCAAAGGGCUGGUUGAUUGGAAAGAAGCGAAAGCUUGUCAAUGUUGAUGUUGUUGAAAGCAUGAGAAGGAUUGCCAUCCAAGAAAUGAACAGAAAGGAUAGGGAAAUAGAUGGGCUAAAUGAACAACUAGAGGAGGAUUCACGAUGUCUGGAGCACUUGCAACUCCAGCUUGUAGAAGAAAGGAGUAAACGGGCUCGAGUGGAAAGAGACAAUGCAAUGCUUCAAGAACAAGUGAACAUGCUUAUGAACAUGUUACAAGAAACUGAACAUAUGGGAGAUGAAGGCCAGGAUGAACCUUAAAGUGCAUUAUACCUCCUUAAAGUGUAUUAUACCUUUUGUGUGUGCGCGCGCGCGUAUUAAAUUCUUUUUGUAGGUUUUGUCCGGGUUGUUUAGUUGGCUGCGCAUAUUGGAUGUUUCUCUGGUUACUUUAUUAGAGUGCAUAGUGUAGUAAUAUAUGGGGUGAGAUCAAACCCAAUGAACAUAUUAUUCAUUUAUCUCGAAAAGAAAAAAAAAACUGUAAAUCUUCUAGUGACUGUAUUGGUAUUAAUUUAUAUGUUGUUUCUCUUUAAGCAAUAAAAGAGUAUUGUUC